AUGCUCCUCUCUGUGAUUCUAACCCCAGCGCUCCUACUUGGAGUAGCCAAUGCUGCUACACUAGGAAAACGUUGGAGUAAAGGUGAGGCCGCCACAGGUACCACAGACCCAAAUGUGGCCAGUGGGUGCACGUACUGGGCCAAUUCUGUCACUUCAAGUGACACCUGCGCGUCUUUGAAUGCCUACUUCGGCAUUACGACUGCUCAGCUUGUUUCAUGGGUCAGAGUCAAUUUCUCUCCACUCAGAUGGAGUUACUGUGUGGAGGCGCCUGCUGUCAAGACGACGACUAGCAAGACGACCACGACUACCAGUAAAACUACCACUACUACACCUGCUAUCACUACGACAACAUCUACGAGUACCACUUCAGUGUGGGCACCGUAUCCCACUCAGACCGGCCUUAUUUCCACAUGUAACGCGUUUUAUGAUGUCCAGUCAGGUGACUACUGCCAAGGAAUCGUGACAGCUUAUGGCAACUUCACAUUGAGUCAAUUCUAUCAAUGGAAUCCUGCUGUCAAGACCGACUGCUCGGGACUUCAGACUGGCUAUUAUGUCUGCAUCGGAGUGGCUGGGUCAACGACCACGACAACUGCUGCUCCCACAAGUACCACUGCUACGACGACAGCUAACCCAUACUCUCCUCAGCAGACUGGGAUUGCUGCAAACUGUAACAAGUACUACUUUGUAGAAACUGGUGACGCUUGUGCCAACAUAGCUUCGACGUAUGGUAUCACCCUCGCCAAUUUCUACAGCUGGAACCCAGCUGUUGGGACAUCCUGCCAGAGCCUUCAGGCUGGGUACUAUGUCUGCGUUGGUGUUUCAGGGUCAACCACAAGCACAACCACUACGAAGACCACCACCACUACCACCACCAAUGCACCCACCACAACAACUACGGCCAGCGGUCCCUCUCCGACCCAAGCCGGCAUCACGGCCGACUGUGAGACAUUCUACCAGGCCGUUUCGGGCGAUAGCUGCUGGACCAUCGUCAGCGAGAAAUAUACCUAUCUGACUCAGGAUGAGUUCUAUGCCUGGAAUCCAGCCGUCGGUUCGACUUGUAGUAACCUACAAGCGGGAUACUACUACUGUGUUGCUACCAAGACUGUCCAUGCCAUGCCUAGCACCAUCUCCACGUGUAAGAAGUGGCACUUGGUUGCCACUGGAGACAGCUGUUGGUCUAUUGAGCAGCAGUACGGCAUUACUGCUACCCAGUUUGGGACCUGGAAUCCAUAUGUUGGGACCUCUUGUGCAUCUCUCUGGCUGGGUUACUAUGUUUGCGUCGGUGUUUGA